AAACGUAACUGGUUUUCAGUGCCGGGAUUAUGCAAUGUUGCAGUAGAUAAUAUGCUGGUCUAGGCCGGGUCGGAGAUCGUGUGGUGCUCUCUUAACCGAUGCGGUGAUACGGCUCCUAGGCCCUAAGUCUCGCGAGACGCAGUGAUCCGCCGAAACGCAAACUGGACGGCCGUUUAUAAGGUGUAAACAUGAAGUUCGUAUCUGUAUGCCUCGUGUUGAUGGUCGCUGUUCUGCGCAGAGGUGUGUUAUCAGAAUCAACUGAAAACAAUUACGAUGAAAAAGAAGUUACGUUAGAAAGUUUAUCGAGUGUUUCUAAAAGGCAAACAAAUUUCCAAAAUGAUAAUCUCAACCAACAACAAAUCCCACAAGAAUACUUCGAUUAUAUUCAACAGGCAAAUUAUGAUGGAAAUUUAGUACCGGAACAACAACAGUUUGGACAGCAAAAUGUACAACAACAGUUUGGACAACAAAAUGUACAACAACAGUUUGGACAACAAAGUGUACAACAACAGUUUGGACAGAAAAAUUUACAACAACAGUUUAGACAGCAAAAUGUACAACAAGAUUUCGUACAAGGAUUACCAUCAGAUGUAUUUCCUCCAACGACAACGACAACACGAUCGCCAUUCACUGCUGAACAAGUUCGACUUCAAAAAGAAUAUGCUAGAAGAACACUAGUAGAACAGCAGACAGCGUUAACUAGACCCCGUCAGAGGCCUUUAGCCCAACCACUUCCAACUCAGUUUCAAAUCCAACCUUCACCGAUCCCCGAACAACAGCAGUCACAACCACUGCAAUUUAUAGAUCAAAAUGGUCAAGUACGUCAACAAAACUUUGCUCCUCGUCAAGAAGAUUUAGUGUCACCACAACAAACCAUUUUCCCAAUUUCAAGUGAUGAACCGUUUUCAUACGCUCAAGUCCAAUUUGGUCCAGUGGCCAAACAAGAGGAAACAGUCGUAAGCCGACCGAAAGGUCAAAGAUCCGUCUCGAGGCCAAGUACAAACUACGCAAUAGAACCUGCCACCCAACAAACGGUAGACUACUCAGCCGUGACUAAGGUGAAUCCGGUACAGGUUAGUAGUCGUCUACUACAAAACGUGGUUUACAUACAGCCUAACGGUCAGAUGUACAAAGCGAUCGAAGAUACCGAGCCAGUAGUACAAAUUCCGCGUAAGAAUCACCAUUACCAGACGAUAUCAGCGGUAACUUCCGGGCCCACGACUAGCGCCACGUCUUUUACAUCGUCAACUACUACUGCAGGUCCGGUCGAAGAAGAACGAGUGAUAGUGAUUCCCCGGCCGAAGAAACCUAAUCAAAGGUCCAGGCAGGAAAGCCGAAAAUCGAGCAGAGUACAACAACAGGCGGUGACAACUGAAAGACCUCAGCAGCAACAAGACCAACAACUACAGCAGUCAUCCGAAGUGGAGCCGGACAAUUUUCUCACGUCACUUCUGUCUAGAUUUCAGCAGACACAACCAGAGACGACAGUCGCCACUUUGCCAAAGUUGAGAGGCGGUCAGAGGCCGAAAAGCGGUAACCGUUCUGGAACAUCCAAGUACUUGCCGGACAGAAGUCAGUUGCAGCUAUUGCAAUUUCCACAUGAGCUCAAGGCGUUAAGCAGUGCUGAACUCAAAGUGUUGGAAGAAACCAGCGCGCAGAUAGCUGCUGCAAACGACAGAUCCGUUGGACAAAAACAGCUCCUAAGAAACAAUCCGGUUACUGGUACCGUACCACCUUCACUAUCAUCAAACGUAAAACUCAAUGAACGACUGAUCCUUGGGAAUAGACCAGUUCCCAUGCCCGUCGAACUUAACGAACAACAGCGUCAGUUCCUGGCAGCUCAAGGUAUCCGUCACUUGUACCGUGUGGAUUACGAUCAAUCCGGAAAUGAGUUACCACUGACUUAUGUAUUAGCAUUGGAUAACCGGCCCAAACUAGCAGAGUCGAAUCAGAAACUCAGAACCUCCCCAUAAAAUGUCAACAUUACAAAAAGUGCCUAUUUAUGAAUUAAGUGUGUUUAAAAUGUAUCAUUCAUUUUUUUUGUAUAUAAUAGUUGGUAUAAAUUGUAUAUAUUACGGCAAUUACCCGUUUCGGCCAUACUCUAAAAUGUCUGUUUCCACCAUCGCCCGUUUCUGCGAAUUUAAAAAAAGGUUUGAUUCCCGUUUCUGCCAAUUUACCUGUUAUAUGAUCAAAAUAUUGUAAAAUAACUGAAAAUCAAAGAAAAUGUAUACUCCAUUUUAUUUAAAUUUAACUCGGAUUGUAUAAAAUCUUCACAGUCUGUUGUACAACUUACAUUUUUUGAUAUAAAUUAUUAGUUAUUAUUAUUUUUAUAUAGAAACCAUGUUGAACAAACUGAAAAAAUAUUAUGUAUUACUAUUUAUGGUGUCUUUAUUUAUUUGAGUUGUUAGUUAUUAUUAUAUUUUUUUAAUAUCAAACAUUGUCGUACAGACUAUGUACAGUUAUUUUAAGUUGAAAUUUAAAUAUAGGUACCUUAAAAAUAAUCAUAUUAUUUUUUUAAUAUAAUUCUUAACAUAAUAUUAUAUAAAUUAUAAUAUUGUCUACACGUGUUUAAAUAAAAUGCAAAAUGUAUUCCAAAAUAUGGAAUAAAAGUAAAAUAAUAUUACCAGAGCAGAUAUUUUGGCAGAAAUGGGAAUCAAACCUUUUUAAAAAUGGCGAAAACAGUAAUUUUAAAUGUUGGCGGAAACGGCACAUGCCUGAAUAAUUAUACACGUCCCUCGUUAUUAGUAUUAUUAUAAUUAUUAUUUUGUAUUUUUGUGAAUUAUUUCUUUUUUCAUUUCCAACAUUUUGACUUUAUUGAAAUACAAUAUUAUGAUAACUAAUUUUAAGAAAGUGUACCUAUCUAUUAAAAAACGUGAUUUAUAGAAUACAGCA